AUAACCAGAUGUUCGUGGUGAGUGAAAUAUUGCGUGGAGAAGGUUUGCCAGAGCACACGAAAAGUAAAUGAUUGACUAAUUCAGAUCCUACCCACCAAACAAAGCAUGGGAGGAAACGUAUCUCACUGAUCAUAUGACCCAAACUGCCCAUCAGUGACCAGAGUAAAAGGGGAUACAUGUUCAUUACUUGUUUAAACUACAAACGCUAAUAAUCACAGUCCGAUUUAAACUAAAUUAAACGCCGCCUUUGCUGUAGCUCGUCUAAAGUCUCAUUGACCUGCAGCGCUACCUUUAAACCAAAGGCCUCCGUCUGAUAUUGGAGGGUGAAGUUAAUCAUUGACGAGCAGCUGGGGUUUAUUAUCUGCUGCAAUGCUGUCAGGCAGCACUUCACUUCCCGCUAGGAAACGGAGACUGUACCUUUCUCUGCUGAACACGUCUGCUUUUACGAGAACCGCGACCUUGCUGCGCACGUCUCAGUCCAGACUGCUCCAUCUGCACCCUGAAGAUCAAGGGGGUCAGGAUCAUCCACAGCUUCGACCUGCACAAAACAAGCGGCUAACAAUGCAUGCAAGCUGCCAUAAGGAAUCAACGCAGUCUCGUCCAUCCAUGAGCUCGAGAGACUCCCACUGCCCAGUGUGCCUGCAGACGGCCACAUUCCCAGUCCAGACCAACUGCGGCCAUUUAUUCUGUGCUAACUGUCUGCUCACCUACUGGAGACAUGGCUCCUGGCUGGACGCGGUCAGCUGUCCCCUCUGCAGACAGAAGGUCAACGUGCUGUGCAACCUGUUUAAGGAGAGCCGAUCAGAUCAACAGUCCAAGAAGGUUCUCGGGGAAAUCACGGACUACAACAAACGCUACUCUGGAGCCCCGCGAAGGGUGACAGACUACCUCUGCGAUGCUCCACUUCUUCUGCAGUUACUGGCUCGUGGCCUCGGCACCAUGGGAAGCCUCGUCUGGCUCUUCCUCUUCAGGGUGGCCCUGUGCUGCGUGGGCACUGUGGUGUCCAUCUCCUCCUCCCCCUCCGUCGACCCUGCGCCGUCGUCGACCCCCCUGGAAACGGACCCCUCUCUUUGCGGACUGCUGGGGGUUCUGGACGACCUGGUGGUGGUCGUUCUGCUGCUCCUUUGCGUCAUUAACGUCAACCAGCAAAUUGCACCAGACGGCGGACGACACUCUCCAAACAGAUCGACCUCACAAGAAGUCAUGGGGAGUUCGCUGUAGUUCUAUGCUGCUCGACCGCAAGACGUUUGAAAUGGACUUUGAUUGGAUUUCUGCUCUCUGCCUCGUUGGAUGAGCAGAUGAGAGAAUAUUGACAAGAGCUGGACGCCAUUGAUCCCCUCACACUGUGGACUCCAGGCCUGCUUGUCGAGCGUUUACAGAGCUUAUGCAACUGUGAUGCAUUCAAAUGCAGUGUGGCGGUUCGGCUGUCGCACCUGAGCGUCAAUAAGUUGCCGCAAUAUUGGAGAAGACUUUUUAAAUCUCAUCCUUUAAAGCUUAACCUGUAAAUGUAGCAGGUUGCAGACGACAGCUGUCAUGCCAGUACUGUGAUGUUUUCCCUGUACAUAUGUGACAUUGUAUGAAGUUGUUUUUAUGGUUAAAAUAAAGAUUAUUUAUUGUACUGUA